AUGGCAGAUGCCGUGGACUUCUCGAUCGCCGUCAGGCCUAACGAUCUUGAAGCGGUUCCCGGAAUUGUGAAGGGCAUUGUCGACAAGGCCAACGCUCUCUCGCCUGGGGAUGAGACUGCCAGGCAUGCUCUCCUCAUUCAAGCAAGGUCCCUUGUCCAGGCCCUGGAAACGCCUCGUUUGGUCACCGGUGUUGACGCAGGGCUUUGGAUACUAAUGGCCAAAAAUGGUGACGGACCUCAAAACGUUGCCGAUCUCGCGGACACGCUAGGUUUUGAUCCGGUGCUUCUUGGGCGACUGAUGCGCCAUCUUGCGGCUAUGGGCUAUCUCAUUGAGACCGGUGUCGAUCAAUACAAGCUCACCAACUUCACUCGGUCGAUGGCUCUUCCACAAAUUUCGGGUGGCUAUAUCACACUGCUUGGUGAAAUAGGAGCAAGUGGAUUGGAGUUCCACAAAUGGGCUCGGAAGAACAACUGGCGUAACCCCACCGAUCCAAAGAACGGUGCUCUGAAGGAGGCUUAUGGUACAGACCUGGACGUCUUUCAAUACCUCCACUCCGUAGGAUGUCUUCAACAGGUCAACAAUCACAUGCGUGGAUACCGGCAGGGCCGAACACCUUGGAUGGAUCCAUCCAUUUACCCGGUCCAAGAGAACUUAAUCCACGGAGCUGAAGCAGACUCUGAGGCUCCAUUUCUGGUGGACAUCGCCGGUGGUCUGGGGCACGACUUGACCGAAUUCAAGAAACGGUUUCCCAACCAGCCUGGUAUACCGAAAUAUAAGAAAAUCUAUCUCGAAGAUCUCCCUGCCGUUAUAGCAGACAUUCAAGAUCUCGACCCAACCAUUGAACGGCUUUCCUAUGAUUUCCACACUGAGCAACCGAUCAAGGGAGCGCGAGCUUACUUCAUGCACUCUAUUAUGCAUGACUGGCCCGACCACGUCUGCAAGUCUAUCCUGACGCGAGUAGUCGAGGCUAUGAGACCCGGUUACAGCAAGCUUCUCAUCAACGACGUUGUCAUUCCUUCAAUGGGGGCUCACUGGGAGAACACAGCUGGCGAUAUGCUCAUGAUGACUCAAUUGUCUGCUUUGGAGCGAACUGAGGCUCAAUGGUAUCAGCUCAUUGAAGGGAGCGGGCUGGGUCUCAAAAUCAAGAAGAUCUGGCUGUGUGGCCUACCAGGUGUAGAAGGUCUAAUCGAAUGCGAGAGAGUAUAG